AUGACCGCGGCCGACGGGGAGGCCUGCGCGGUGGUCGCGACGGCCGCCGACAUCAUCUGCUCUCUCCGUGGCGCGGACCUCGCCGGCUGGACCCCGCCGUGGCGCAAGCACGAGCCCGCCUGCGACGGCGGACAGAAGGAGGAGGGCGGCGGCGACGACGACGUGCGGGACCUGGCCUGGCCGGUGGUGGCGCGCGGGAAGCGCUCGCGGUCCCGGCGCGAGUCCCCGUCGGCCUCCGCCGCCUCCGCGGACGCGAAGGAGAAGAAGAAGAAAGCGCGGCGCGGCGCCCGCGGCAGCCCCGCGUCGCCGCUCGACUACAGCGGCGGGUCCGGCUCCGGCGCGUCCACCAGCGGCGGCGAGGACGGCGCCUUCUGCUCCCAGCCAGAGCCACCAGCCUUCCCGCCGGCCGCCGCCGCCGCCGCGUGCCAGCAGCUCGCGGCGCCCGGCGCGCCCGCGCCCCCAUCGCCCCCCAGCAAGAGGCUACCGGAGAUCCAGCAGAUGGUGCGGUCGCUGUCGGUGGAGAACGAUGCCCUCCGCAAGGAGAUGAAGGCGUUGCAGAGGGCUUGCACGGCGCUGUCCCAAGAAAACGGCAAGCUAGAGACAAGGCUCGAUCAGUCCAUUACGCUAAACGAGGUAAUCUCCGUGGAGAACAAGGGGAAGAAGCCACAACCUGAGCAUCAGCGCACAGCUGAGCAGGAAGCUCCGAGCGGCUUCGUGCUCCCUGACCUCAACCUCCCGUCAGACGUCUCAUACAUGGCUGAAUUUGUUGGUGGCCACAAUCUUCAGAUCGAAUUAGCACGCUAA